AUGAGCGGCCGACCGUAUGCCCGCAACCCGAAUGCACCUUACUCAGGUCCGAGAGACUUGGAAGCGAUUCUUCCACAUACGUUUCGUCUUGCAAUGCCUUUGCGUUUGCGCAAUGCAAGAAGUGAAGCUAUUCGAAGAGCAAUUCGCCGUCGCUGUAUGCAAAAAAAUUGGCGCAAAAUGAUCAGCAUGCGUCAUCAAAGACACACUCAUGAUUCCACGACCGAAAACAAUGUAAAAGAUAUCAAAAUUGAGGAUCAGCAGCAGGUUGAGACCAACACUACAGACACUACAGAAGAUCAAGAAGAUGCUGUGACAAUUGCAAAGAGACAAGUGCAAGAACUUGAAACGAAGCUUAAGGCGCUGACCGAACAAAAGCACGCCAAAUUUCAAUUGCUUAAGGAAAUUCUUAUUGAGGAAGCAAAAUCGAAGGCAACAUGA